AUGCGUUUGAUCAACGUAGAUAGUUGGGACGAGAUAAAAUUGCGUCUCGCAUUGAGACUGGUGAGACUACCAGAAGAAGGCGAUCGUCAGGAACUGAUAGCGCGAGUCAAGCGAUUCUCAAUAUUAAUAUCAGGCCAUAUGGGGCACCUGUUGGAAGAGCCACUGGUAGACAACGGUCCAGAUAACCUCGAAGAAUGGGCUAGAGAACCUGGGUCAUCAACCGUACAAAGCGAGGUGGACAGUGGGACAAACGACGGUGCGAGCGAUGCAGAGGAGUUCGAAAGAAGCAAUGCUGAAUCCACGAAGCGAACUAUUAUGCUUCCCAAGGAAUGGCAGGGUGAGUGUAUUCGUGUUACCUUGGAAAAUAAUGAAUGUCUUUUUGUAGAAUCUCCGGAGCGUCUGAGAAGGAGCCAUAAGAGUGGAGAGGAUCUACCAGGACUAGAUGCCUCUACAUCAGCACUUCUGGCUUCAAGGACCUCACCGAGGGUCCCACCAAUGCCGGCACCUAGGCAUAAGCAGGUGGAGGUACCCACAAAGAAAUCCAGCAUUUACAAAACGGAGGUUUUGUGCGAUGUAUCGACAGAUGAGAAAGAUUUGCCGCGAGGUCUCCCUAGAAGACAGACGACGGAGCCGAGAAGAAGGUCAGCGCGGUUGUUAGCUAAACAUGACGACAAGGCGGAACGUUCGGAGAACGAGGCGCCGAGAAAAGUUUUGUCUUCGCGAUCAACACCGUUGCUACCGCCAGGCAGGAAAACGUCGUCGUCAGGAGUGAAUUUGUCACAAAAUUCGGGAUCGCGUGCAAAUCCGAGCAUCGAACAUGUUCACCGAUGGGGAGUUUUUUUCUCUGGAAAGAGCGAGGAGAAUUUAGAAGACUUUCUGGCUGAGUUCGAGGAAAAAUGUGAGGCCAGAGGGCUCGAUGAUAAUGAAACGCUGCAGUUGGUGCCUGAAGUAUUAAAAGCAAUGGAGCCCACAGCUCCAGCAGGAACAAAUACCACCACGAGUGCAUCAGACGCUAAAUCCAAAGAACAAUUAGAUUGUUUCCGGUGUGGGAAAAUUGGACACUUGUAUCGAGAGUGUCAAGAGCCAUUGACACUCGUGUGUUAUCGAUGUGGACGUCCUGGUGUGACAGUCAGAACCUGUCCAACCUGUAACUCAAUAGAGCAGGGAAAUGGCCAGGGGAGCAGCGCUCAAGGGGAGGGAGCGGGCUCCGAGGCUGUGACAACUCCCAUGACACAGUAA